AUGUUCACUCUUUCCAAUCUGACCAGAGGCCUGGUUGCCCUGGCUCUUUUCGCUCUCCCCGGUACCCAGGCAGCCUAUCCUAAUCCAGGUGCUUGUUCAGGCGACUGCUUCGCUCAUGACCCAGCCUUGAUAAAGAGAUCCUCUGAUGGCAAAUACUUCCGGUUCAAUACUGGUGGAAAGAUCAUGAUCUACAACUCUGACUCCCUGAGUGGACCAUGGACUUAUCAAGGAGCAGCAAUUCCGAGUGGGAGCUCUAUAAAUCUCCCGGGCAAGGAUGACCUAUGGGCUCCAGAUGUCCGCCUCGUUGGAGAUACCUACUACAUGUACUAUGCCGUCUCAGCCUUCGGCAGCCAAGCGUCAGCCAUCGGAGUUGCGACAUCAAAAACGCUCGAGGCCGGUUCCUGGACAGAUCACGGCGCCACCGGUGUCUCGUCCAAGGCCGGAAGCAACUACAACGCCAUCGACCCCAAUCUCGUCGAGAAAGCCGACGGCAGUUUUGUCCUCAACUUCGGCUCGUUCUGGAACGAUCUUUACCAAGUCCCGAUGGCCAGCACGCCCACCAAAGCCGCCGGAAGCAGCUACAACAUCGCGUUUAAUUCCUCGGGUACUCACGCCGAAGAGGGUCCGUUCAUAUACUAUCGCGCUCCUUACUACUACCUCUUCUGGUCGUCAGGCAUAUGCUGCGGUUACGAUACUACCAAGCCGGCCUCCGGCGAGGAGUACAGGAUCAACGUCUGCCGUAGCCAGAGUGUCAACGGGCCCUUUGUCGACCAGCGUGGCGUGAACUGCGCACAGGGCGGCGGCACGACUGUUCUGGCGUCCCAUGGAAAGGUUUAUGGUCCCGGUGGUCAAGGCGUGUACGCUGAUGCAGCCCAUGGCGGCGCAGUCCUAUAUUACCAUUAUGCGGACACCAGUAUUGGCUAUGCCGACGCCAAAUAUCAGUUUGGCUGGAACGGCCUGAGCUGGUCUACUGGCUGGCCUGUCGCUACGUAA